UGGUUUGGUGAACUCGGUCGGUAGUAGCUGGUCGGCCGUGGUGCGCAGCGGUCGCGACCACCAUGCUCUGUCUCGCGCCCACAGUGAAAGUUACUUAGACGCUGAAAUGCACGCGGUCGCCUUUCUGUUUGUGGUGACAUGGACAACAGGCCCCAGCGUCGGGUACGAUUUCGCGUCGGCGUGCACGCGCCCGUACCGCUCGAACCGCGCGCGCGGCUCACCCGACCCGCCCUGCGACCUGGCCACACAGGGAUUCUGCACCACGCCUGGAGCCGACUACCCCUGGCAAGCCAUCAGGCGGUUCGUCAGGGAGAAUCAGGGCCUCAUGAGGCGUAUGUACGGAGAAGAGCGGCAUAUAUCGGUGAUGAAAGCCGAACUAGACAACUUCAUAGAAGAUGAUGAAGAUACAGAGGAUUCCAACGACUUCGCCGAAGAUAUUGUAAAAACCAAACUGAUGUACACGAAACGAGGUCACGGACGUGCCAUGAAAGACAAACCUCACUUCAGACCUAUACAAAAUAGCGACAAGAACAAAAAAGUAGACAACGACAACUUGAAAGUUAAGCCAUUAGACGUAAAAGGCAACAGCACUAAAUUCGACAGUGUGAACAACGGUACUAAAACAAGCAGUAAUGAAACUCUGAAUGACGAUAAGGGUAUAUCGUAUAAAACACAACUGGAAAGCAUAGCGCAUAUUGAAAUUAACAAUUUAGAUCCAGAUGUUAUUACAUUAGAUGCGGUAAUAAAACAAAGUAUCGAAACAAACAGUGUGUAUCCCAAUAAAUCUGAAAACAGUACUAAGUCCGAAACCGUAAGACCUAGUAAAAAUAGCACAGCGACAGAUAAAAACGUAACUUCGACAAUUGAAACUCCAAUAAAUGGUACAGAGAGGACUGCGUCAGCUGCUGGAGCGUCAGAUGAAGCUGCUACAGAGUCAGAUAAAGACGGAUGGAAAGCUAUGAAUACUAUUCCAGAUGCAUCAACACUUCCACCAACGGCGUUGUUUUCGGAGCACGAAAAGGGGAAAACGGACAGGGUGGACACCAAACCUGGAGAAUCGAAGAAAGAAGAGCAGCCACUCGUGAAACCGAUGCAGUUCCAAGAGAAACGACCUUCAGUUAUUAAAUUACGGGGAGCGAACGCGUGUGAGACGAAGGAGGAGCUGCUGGCACCGUUCUGGGCGAACAACACACGAGGAGAGAAGCUGGUGCUCGUCAACAUGUACCCCUACGAGCAGUACAUACACCUGGAGACCUGCGUGCACGAACGCAAGCAGAUGUACUGCCGCGAGGGGUGCAGAUGUGAGCAGCACUACCGCUUGCAUCGCCUUCUAGCUUUCGACCCGCAUAAUCCGUGCCGCGGCAUCUUCUCCGACUGGUUUAAGUUCCCCGCCUGCUGCGUAUGUCGCUGCUACGACGUCCCCCUAGAGUUCCGAGCUCGUUCGCCGCGAGUGCUGCACCCGCAAUACGGGGAGCAAGUCAAGAGGAUCAUAUACGAGGACGUGGCUAGAGACUGGUACUCGAUGACUGCCUACGGAGACGACUAUGAUGACGGUUUCUUUUGAGAUUUACGGUUUUUAUGGUAAAAUUGCGAAAAAUAUCAAGAAGUACUCCCCACCCACCUACUCGUAUUUAGAACGACCCCACAUUUUGUAGUGUAUUGUUGAAAUUAAUGAUAAAACAUAAAAAAAUAAAGUAACUUAUUAACUUUUGACUUCAAAAUUAAUUGUACACAGGAUUAUCCCGUGAUUUGUUAGUUAAAUUUAUUAUACCUAGGUAGGUACAGGUGUCGAUUUUGGCAUGAUUCUCUAAACUUAAAGAUAUAUUUUACAUCAGUCUCUCCUUUUCAUUAGGUAAAGAGUGUGACAAGGAUACACUAUUGUAAAUUUAAGUUUAGGUUGAGAGAAUCAUGCCAGAAUAAACACCACACUUUACGUAAAUAAAAUUGUAACUGCCGCAUAAAGAUCGCAACCACAUCGCAACUCUAAAGCUAAACAUUGAUUUAAUUAGGCUACGCACUUUUAAACAAAUCACAUUCAUGUAAAGAUUAUAAUUACUUAGUUCAAAAUAUUUUAUCAACAAAACUUUAAUAGAGUCUGUGCGGAAAGAGAAUGGGCGUGGCGAAAAACGGACCUAACAUUAAGAUUUUUAUUUGGCAAUCAAACUCAGUAAUCUGUAAAUCGUCAAAGUUUUGUAUUGAUACGGAUUCGUUUGUUGGUGUGAUUUCUUGCGGUUUUUUGUAUUUAUUCAUGUCUGAAAGGGGUAAAACCUUACAAAUACGGUAGAAAAGCACUAUUAGCGCCCUCCAAUCUAAAUCCCAUUCUCUUUCCGCAGAGACUCUACUGAACUUUUUAUAGAAAGUAAUUUAGUUAAGUAUCCAAUUAAGUAAAGCCCAUUAAUAACAAUUAUUUAUUUAAACUUACUCAUAGUUAAUUAUUGAAUAAAAUAAAGAAAAUUAUGUAGAUUGUUACUUAUUUUAAGGCUAGUGAAAAAUGUAAAUUCUAUAUGUUAACGUUGAAUAAUUUUGUUAUAAAAAUAAUAUUUUAAAUAAAUAUUUUGUCGUUAUUA